UUAACGUAUAGUAAUUUAAGAUUGAAUAAUAUAUUUUAAUUUUGGUUUUUAUUGUAAAGUAAAUAAUUUGUUAAAAUUUGUUCUUAUUUUGAAAUUUUCAGCCCUAAUUUUUUAAUUUAAUUUCUACACACUUGUGUUAGACUUAAGUCUAGUUUGAACUGUAAUUUUAUGAGUGAUGGUUUCUCGUGCCUUCUGUGCAGAUCUUUGGUUUAAAACAAUUGAAAUGCUGAAUGAUUUAAUUUUACGGCCCUGAUGGAAUAAUUUUUAGAUUCAGUUUGAAAUCGUGGGAUUCUAAAAUAAUUUCAAGAUGGAGUUUAUUAUUCCCAUCUACCUAUUAAUUUCACUAUGGUCCCUCAAGGUCUGUGAAUCGUCGGAUAAAUUCGAUCCAAAGUCUACCAAGAACUCUAAAGCUACUCAAACAUCUGAUACUACUGAUACAGAUAAUGAUAAAAAUAAUGGGACCUCAAAAGAUAGGAAUAAAGGGAAAGGUGAUCAUAAAAACGAAGAUGAAGGGUAUGGUACUGGAGAUAGUGACAGUGACGUUGAUAGGUCAGAUAAAUGUAAUAAACAGGGAGAUGUUGCCAGACCGGGUGAAGGUAAUAGACCUGGAGGUUCUGGUAAUGACAAACUACCACCACAACAAAAAAAUAACAACCUAGUUGGUAAUGCUGGUAAACAAUUGGCUAAAAAUAUGAGAUCUGGAGAUUCUAAUGGAGACAAAGGAAAUGAAGGCAACAAAUCUGGUGGUAAUGGUAGUGACAAAGGACCGCAUCAAAAUAAAAUCCCUGAUAUUGGUUUUAAUCCAGGUGGAGCUAAGAAACUUGGUGGUCCACCUAUUAAGCCUGAAGUUAUCAAAGUAACGAUAAUAGACUCUGAGGAUGAAGAAGAGGAGAAAAAAAAGCAAGAGGAGAAGAACAAGCCUAAGGGUUAUAAAAUGCAUACUAACGAAGAAUUAGAAGCUACUCAAUUAGGAGGUCCAGCAUAUUUUGAUGAUCUAGAACCAAAAAACGAAUGUAUAAUUUCAUGA